UGCUGCCCAUGGCAACCAGCUGCAUAGAGAAUAAACAACAUCCGCCCUGUCUCCGUCAGCAUCAACCGGCCCCGUUUGCUACCCUUUGAAUGUAAAAUGGACAGUUUGCAAGCGGGCGAUCCGCGGUAUCUGAAAAGGAGAGUGAAGGGAUGCACUCUAGAGGUCCACCCCACUGAGAGAGCCCUUGUGGUCCAGUAUGAGGUAGAGGCAACUGUGUUGGGAGAGCUGGGGAACCCUAUGAUCGGAGAACGCAAAGAGUGUCAGAAAAUUAUUCGCCUGAAAAGCCUGAACGCCCACACAGACACGUCCUCUUUGGCCCGGAAGGUGGUGGAGGAAUGUCGGCUCAUUCAGUCGUCCAAACUCCACGAGGUGGAGCAGCUGCUCUUCUAUUUGCAAAACCGCAAACAAUCAAAUGACAUCCAGGAGAAGAAAUGCAUCUCAUCUCGAGACUUCACACCUUACACAGGAGUGGAGCUGGACGAAGUGGCAAACAUCAACAGCAUCGAUGAGUAUGUGGACCUUCUGUAUGAGGACAUCCAGGAGAAGAUCAGAGGAGCCACGCUCAUCUUCCAACUGGCUCGCAACCCGGACAACCUGGAGGAGCUCACGCAGAAAGAGGCGGCCUUCGGAGCCCUGGCCAGAGUUUUGAGGGAGGACUGGAAGCAGAGCGUGGACCUGGCAACAACCAUCAUCUCUGUCUUCUUCUGCUUCUCCAGUUUCUCCCAGUUCCAUGGCUUGGUCUCAAAUUUCAAGAUCGGGGCCCUUUGUAUGAAUAUCAUCGAGCACGAGCUGAAGAGGUACGACCUGUGGCAGGACGAACUACAAGAUAAGAAGAAGGCCUAUGAAGAAUUUCCUGAUAACCCAAAUCUGAAGAAGGAACAUGAGAAGUCGUUCAGAAAGUACCAGAGCCUUCUGACCAAGCAGGAGCAGCUUCUCCGAGUUGCUCUGUCUCUGCUGCUGAACCUGGCUGAAGACACCCGCACAGAGCUGAAGAUGAGGAACAAAAACAUUGUCCACACGCUGGUGAAGAUCCUGGACCGGGAAGACGAGGAGUUGCUGCUGCUGGUGGUCUCCUUCCUCAAGAAGCUCUCCAUCUUCCUGGAGAACAAGAAUGACAUGGCUGAAACUUUGGCCGUGGAGAAGCUGGCUCGGCUGGUUCCCUGCCAUCACCAGGAGCUCCUGAGCACCAACCUACGCCUGCUGCUCAACCUCUCCUUCGACACGACGCUGCGCAGCCAGAUGGUCCAGACAGGACUCCUUCCCAAAGUCUCCUCACUGCUCGCUGACGAGGCCCAGAGACAGCUCAGCAUGUGCAUUCUGUACCACAUCAGCAUGGACGACAGAUUCAAGUCCAUGUUUGCCGACACAGACUGCAUACCGCAGCUGAUGAAGAUGGUGUUUGACUGUGGCGAGGAGACGAUGGAUGUUGAGCUCAUCUCGCUCUGCAUCAACCUGGCUGCUAACAAGAGUAACUCAAAGCUCAUCUGUGAAGGCAACGGUCUGAAAAUGCUGAUGAAGCGUGCCGUGAAGCUGAAGGAUGUUCUGGUGAUGAAGAUGAUCAGAAACCUUUCUCAGCACAACGGACACACCAAGAGCCUCUUCCUGGAACACGUCGGGGACCUGGCGGCUCACAUCAGUGAGGAGGAGCCGGAGGAGUUUGUGAUCGAGUGUCUGGGCACGCUGGCCAAUCUGACCAUCCCCGACCUGGACUGGGCGCUGGUCCUCAAGGAGUACAACCUGGUGCCCUACCUGAAUGACAGACUCAAACCAGGUUCGGCUGAGGAUGACCUCAUUCUGGAGGUGGUGAUCAUGAUCGGCACCGUGUCCAUGGACGACUCGUGUGCAGCCAUGUUGGCAAAGUCUGGGCUCGUUCCUGCACUAAUUGAGCUGCUCAACGCCCGACAAGAGGACGAUGAGUUUGUCUGUCAGAUCGUCUAUGUCUUCUACCAGAUGGUCUUCCACAAAGCUACCAGGGACGUCAUCGUCAAAGACACGCUAGCGCCUGCGUACCUCAUCGACUUGAUGCACGAUAACAACGCCGAGAUCCGCAAAGUCUGCAACAACACGCUGGAUAUCAUCGCUGAAUUGGACGAGGAGUGGGGGAAGAAGAUCCAGAACGAGAAGUUCCGCUGGUACAACUGUCGGUGGCUGGAGAUGGUGGAGAACCGUCCACUGGAUGAGGCCACAGAGCCCUUCCUGUACGGGGAGGACGAAGAAUCCUUCAUCGGGGACGGGGACAUCCUGGAGAGACCCGACCUGUUCUACAGCGGCGCUGUCAAGGCCUUUGAGGAAAUAGAUGGGAUCGUCUCAGCAGACGGGGCCUUCAGUCCCGAGUUCUACACCGGCUUCCAGGACGGAGAGCUGGGAGCGACCGGGUACAUGAGCAGUCUGUCGGAGCAGUUUGUCCCAGUAGAUCGACCGCUCAACGCCUACGGCUUCCGUCCCGGUGAGGAGUUUUUCUACGACUACAACACGGCCUCCCGGUGAACCUGGAGCCUCUCACACACAGCACCACUGCACCCAGUGUGCUCCACUACAGCUGCGUGUUGAGCGUGGAGGCGCAGCUUCAACUCGCCUCUUCCCUGCACGCAUCGCUCAGCAAGUCGGCACCGUGAAAGAAUUAUCCUCACAUCCUCACAACCGUCGGUCACAUGUGUCAUGUUAUAUUAUAUAAACAGAAUGCACUUAAAACAAAAACAUAUGAAGGUUGGUUUGGAGUUUUGAACUUUUAUUCACAUUUUGUGAAUAUUUGAAUAUUUUAAGAACCCAUGCUGUGAACGGAAGCUUAAUUUGUGUGUUUUGUGAUUAACUGUAUGACACUGUUUUGUCACUAAGCUGUCAAUUUAACACUGAAGUGCGUUUUUCUGGUUUUACCGUCAGGUUUGACACAACCGAAUGUUUCUUUUGUGAAUAUAACCCGUGUAAUGUGAGCGUUCAUAAACCCAACAUCAGGCAAAAAGAAAAUACAUGGAAAGAUAUCAGACAGAAUUAAAUGCAUUUUCGGGAAAUAUUUUCAGUAGCAGAUUAAUCCACAUGUUUUUCCCGGAGUACUUGUGGCAUCACAAUGUUUCACGUGUGAUUCAGUCAAAUAAACUAGUGUGUAUUCAUAGUGGUGAAGGAGCGUUUAACAGAGUACAACAUCGUGACUCAUUGAUGUGUUUAUAAUGGAGCUCUAUUGCUCAGGGGAGGAAAACACACACACGUUAUGCAUUCAAAAUAGUUAAAUAACGUUGUACUUGCAGUUUCAUAUUUUUGUUGAUUUCCAAAGGAGAUUGCUGAAGAUCACUGUAAUUUGGUUCAUAUUGUAGGGAAAAUGACGCUUACUCAUAAAUCCACAAACCUUUAACUCCACAUCACAUAAACCUGAAUAAUCUAUAAUUAGUAUCGAAUUACGUGGCUAUUUCCAAAAAACAAAGCAUCAUACAAUAAAAAGCACUGUUUCACUAGAAGCUGGAUUGAUAUAAUUUAUUAAUUUCUCUGAAUAUAACUUAAGAAAUCUAAUAGCCUCCAUUGUGUUAAAAAUGCAGAGAUGUUAAAUCAUUCAUUUGUACUCAUCUUAUCCUUGAUGUGCCUGUAGCGCUGCUUGCUCUCUGAAAUAUAUGCUGCACUAAAUCAAAUACAUGUAAGGCUCAUUGUAGUCAAACUGCAUUUAUGAUUUAAUACGUCACAGAUGUAAGAUUAUUUAGAGUUUUUUUAUUCUCAGCGCUGUUUAUCUGGGAUUGUGGACAAAAAAAAAUGAAUGAUCCAAACCUCA